AUGAAACUUGCGUUCACAGUGAACAUGUUUGAUCGUAAGCAUUCUUGGAUUUAUCGAGAUGUGUUUUGGUUUGUUUUCGUUUGGAGUUUGGUACGCCUCGGAGAGGCAGAAAGCAAAUGCACUGAAGCAUUCUUCAAGCAAAUUGAUGGUGCGUAUAUAUACCAAUGUCGAUUUCAGGUUCAAAGCGCGAUUCCCAAAUUCGUUGUGAAUAUUCCCAAUUAUGUUUCUAAAUUUGGAAUAUUGGACGUGGAACUCGCAAAGCUAACUUCGCAAGUUGCUUACUAAAGUACUCAACAAACUCGUAAUUUGCAGUGUUUUACUAACAUGGCCAGCCAACAUAUUUGACGAAUUAUUUAGGCCAAGUAAAAAAAAAAUAGUUUCUCGUCCCUGCGCGCAUCCUUUUUCCCUGCCGCAUGGAUUUUUCUUUUUUUUUAUGUUCUAUAUUCGAGCUUUUUAAAGAUUUUCUUUCCACUUAGUAUAUUUCAGCCAUUUUGCUUCUCUCGGCAUAGUUCGGUUGCCGUUCGAAAAUUUUCGUCAGCUCUAGCUUGCUGUUCGGUACUUCGCGCCCGCUGUUCGCGCCAUAUUGUUAUUUUGGCGCCAUAUUGUUAGGAAGAGAUUAUUUCGCUUGCCUCAGAGUGACAAAACGUAACAAAGCAACGGUUUUACCAGGGGCGCCGGAAGCAAUGUGAAACGGCGGGGGCAGCCAUUUCAAAAGGGCACUUCAUUUUUCUGGGCGGCAAUAUUUGUUAAAACUUUGCUGUAUGGAUACUCGAUUACUUGUGGCUAUUAUGGGUCGGCAGACUUCGACAUUAAUUUUGAACAAUUUUAUUCGUUGCACCUUGCUAAAGGCGCAAAAUAAAAUCAGUAGACGAACGUAUAUUGGUUGAUUCAGCAUUAAUUUUACCACAACUGGAUAAAAAUUAAGCAAAGAUUGCUUAAGUCCGAUCUGCGUAUGUGCACAAAGGAUCGAGCCCUCUUUUUAUUAUACAAACAGUUUAUUUACCGCAGUAAUUGUCUGACGCUGUUGCGGUGCUCCUGCCAAACUUAGUAAUUUCUGUUAUGUUAUGUUAUGUAAUUGCGGGAACCACUGAGUAUUUUCAUAAAAUACAAUACAACGGUAACUCCGAUUUUCUGUUAACUCAUAUUUUAUGUUAUGUAAUUUAUAUAUAGUAAUUUUGUAUAUUUUUUGUUGGCGAAGCUAAUAAAACUAAAACUAAAAAACUAAAUUUACGUUUUUAUUUCAUUUUAUGUUCUUGCAAAGCUUGAUUGUUGUGUCUUGAUAAUUUAUCAUACUCUAGAAUCAUGAAAAUAUAAAUAGUUUUCGAAUAAAAUUCUAUAUUUUGGAUACCGAAAUGUAAACAAAGCCUUUGUUGACUGUAUACCGCAUCUUUAAACAUUGCUUAAAAAUAGUUCUAAAUUCCAAUUUCUGUGAAUAAUCACAAAUUCCGAGGUGCAGUUCUGACAAAAAGGGCAACCUGUUGCCCCCGCAAUGCUUGGGUCCGUGGCUCCGGCGCCCCUGGGUUUUACUAACACUAACCCUACUCAAAACACCAACUCUAACCGUAACCCUAACCUAACCCUACUCCAAAUUUGUUUCUAAACCAAUCUUGAAGAAAAAAGUUUUGAAGAAAUGUCAUUCUGAGGUCAGCGAAAUAGUUGAUGCCAUAUUGUUAUUUUGGUGCCAUAUUGUUAUUUUGGCGCCAUAUUGUUAUUUUGGCGCCAUAUUGCCACGUUUUAUGAGUAAACGUCAAUAUUUGCGUGUGUUUAUAGGUUAUUUGGUAAACUUUAACAUAUUAGAAGGUUUAACAAAACUGAAAGCGCCCGCAUUCUUUUUUUUUCAUUUCAAAAUUCGGGCGAGAAACUACUAAUUUUUUUUACUUGGCCAAUAUAUUAAAGCUUUUAAGAAAUACAUAGUCAAUUCGUUAGUAAAACACUGCAAAAUUACAAGUUUAUAUUCAGUACUUUGGUACUUUAGUUCAGAACUUCCACGCCCAUUACAAGUUUAAUUACAUGGGCGUACCGGAAGGAAAAAAUUAGGGGGGCGGAAAGAAAAUUGCCCGACUUUUCGAAUUCUGCCCGACUAGUAUCAAAAACAUUUUUCCGGAAAAAUUAUUUUGGCGAAAAAUUUCGGUCAGUGUACCAUUUUAGGGGUCAAAAAAUUUUUCCGGACAACCAAUUUUUUUCGGAACAUAACACAAAUUUUCGAAAAAUCGCAAAAUUUGCCAAAAAUUUGACUUAAUUUUAGACAAAAUUGACAGAAUUUGUCCCAUUGUUUUUAUUGCAAGCCAAAAUUGCCCGACUGUUGAUCGAAUAUUGCCCGACUGCUCAAAAAACUGGGGGGGCUACCCCGCCCCCCCCCCCGCCCGGUACGCCUAUGUUUAAAUAUAACUGAUUGUAAGGAAUUAGUACCCUACGAGCAGAGUCCUCUUGUAUUUCUUCACGGUACGGAGAAACGAGAGAGACUGCAGAACUUGUGUACAAAUUGAUUUGAGCAUGCGCGAAGGUUGCUAAGCAACUGCUUAUUUCCCAGAAGAAGAUUUAUAAAGUAGUUUCCGGUUCGGUUGUUUCCGGCAUCAAAACCGGUUAUGAAACCAGUAUCAAACCUGAAAUUACGCAUAAUUAUCCAAGUUUUUGGAUUGUCGGCUCCACAAAGAAUAUACACAAGUUCUGCAGAGUCUCUCUCGCUUCUCCGUGCCGUGCCGAGAAGAAUACGAGAGGACUUUGCUCGCAGGGUAGGCAUUAGCAUGCAAGGUAGGAAUUAACAGACGCAUUAUUUUUCUGAAAUGACGUGUUUUAAAAGCAGUGGGUCGCGAUUUUUUUUUCAAAACUUGAUAACAUUUUGCAAUCUCUUAUGUUAAAAUUUUCUGGUAAAGACUUCCAUAUCGAUCGAACACCACAUACAUAUAAACUCCAACUUGUUGGAAAAAGGAACAUUUAGUCGAUGGGAUAUGUUUUAGUUCGUUAAGCUUAGAUACCGCGUGAAAGAUUAUAGUUUGAUAUCUAUAUUAUCCUCCUACUAAACUGCCAGAAGGUAUUCUAUUUCUUAAAAAUCCAUAAAAUUGCUUUUAAAUGCAAUGGCAGCAAUGCUAAUAGUAAUAUUCUCGCUUGAUCAAUGAUGUUUCGUGCACAGAUGCACGCUCACUACUAGAUUAAGAAACCAACAAAAAACACACAAAAUAUGCCAUUAUUUAAUAUUUAGGGGCAGACCUAACAACAAUCGUUUUGUCCACACAUCGAGUCAAGCACUUGCCAUGUUGUGCAAAGCAUUGUUCUGAUAAUACGGAGAAAUGCGCUGGAUUUAAAUAUCGUUUUCCCACAAACCAUCUACCGAAUUGUGAAGUUCUCAAGGCAAUGGGCAUCUGUAAUUAUAACAAGUCGAGGAGUGAAUGUGAGGGAGACACUUGGCAAUUCUUUCAAACAGUCCAAGAUAAACCGGUAAGCGUAAACUUGGACCGUUUAGUGAUACCUGGGGAGUCUCUUUUUAAUUUUUUAUUUUCACUUUUAUUCCAGCCACAUUCGAAAGCUAACAUAUGUAAAAAUGGUGGAACAUGUGUUAAAGAGCAUUGUCUCAGUGAUGACUUCAGAUGUAUUUGUCGUGGAAACGUUUUUGGCAAGUUUUGCAAUGCCAAUGGCAAUGAAGUGAAUGGUAGGUUCAUUCCUUUGGCUACUUUAAUCAUUUUCCCUUUUCAUUUGUUGUGCAACUAGAAUACUAAGUAAACAUUCCAUUCCAAUUAUCUAUAUUAUGUAUCAUUACACAAUCAGUUUACUCUGCUGGGCAAAGCAAGACUAACCUAAUUAACUUCUCAUCCAAUAAUAAGUUUAUCCGAAUUUAACCAAAAUUUAAUCAAUUUGUCAUUGGGCAAUGUUCAUUAGUCCCACAAAUUUCGUAUUCAAUUUUCGCAUUCAAUACGUUUGAUAUUUUCUAAGAUAUCGUGAUUACCUGCAGAUAUACACAUAUUAUAAAACGCACGAGCUCCUGACCAUAGAUUAAGUAAGGUAUAUAUUUCAUCUGUGUCCUGACGGAGGUAACAAGCAAAAUAUAUCCAAUAUGAGCUCACAUAAAUUGCACUGUAAUAUACUGCAGCAGUAAAUUAUUUUAUACAACGUUUUAGGGACUUCUGCUUCUUGUGAAGAAUUGCAUCAAAUUGGCGGGUAAGAUUAUUUACUUUUGGUAUAAAUGCAGAAAGCAAGAAAAUUUCUUGAUUGCUUAUUAAAAGUUUCCACUGCUAUCGUGCUACAGUGGUUCAUAUUAUCGAGCACGUUUCCCCGACUAAGUAUCAUCAAGUUGCUUCUUUCGCUUUGAAAUAUUUCAGUGAUCUACCAAACGGUGUUUACAAUAUUCAAACCAAGACAAACACAGGAAUGACGAAAACCUACUGUCAGAUGACGUCACUUGAAGGCUGUGCAGGUGGUGGUUGGACCAUGGUGAUGAAAGUCGAUGGACAUAAGGUUUGAUUUUACUGCGAUUUGCUUCUAAAGUAUACAACGUGUACAAUGUAGCUGUCUGUAUGGCGUUUACAUACAGCCGGAAGUGUAGUUACACUAUAGCUACUUUUUAUCUUUUAACCAAAAUAUUUCAAUAGUUACGCUUGACAUGAAAAGUCUGCAACAAGAUUUAUACAUAAUUUUAAACGUUCUUUCAAAUUAAACAAAUUAAAUUUUUAGUUCCAAUGCUCGUUGACGCAAUAAAUUCAUCUUUAUUGAAUUACUUUAUUUUCAAACAGAAAACAUUUAACUACAGUUCCUCGUAUUGGUCAAACGAACAAACAUUUAAUCCCAUUGGUGGAACAUCUGGCUUUGAUGACGUGGAAACAAAACUGCCAACCUACUGGAGUACUUCAUUUCAGGAGCUAUGUAUUGGAAUGAAAGUCGGCAAUGAUCUACGCUUCCUGACGAUACCUUACGCUAACGAAUCAUUGCACAGUGUGAUCGCUGAUGGAAAAUUCCAUCGUACCUUUGUUGGACGAGAAAAGUGGAAGUCGUUACUAGCGGAUGCAUCACUUCAACGGCAAUGUAACAAAGAGGGCUUCAACAACUACAAACCUUUGUCGCAAUCCACAGGUGUUCGAAUUGGUAUCCUUGGCAACGAGCAAAAUGAUUGUAACUCACCUGACUCAUUUCUUGGUAUAGGAGCAAAACAUCAAGCAUAUGGAUGCCCAGUCGAUAACUCUGGCUCUGCAAUACCUACUAGCGGUAAUUGCGCAACAUGGCAACCAGACAAUGGAAGAAAGAACAUUAAGUCGAUGGGAUACAUUUUAGUUCGUUAA